CUGCCCAGGAGCGCUUCCUGUCCGGCUCCCCGACGCCCCCCGGACGCCCCCCGCGCCUGCGAAGCCUCGAGCAGAAGCCUGACGCCUGCACACCCACGGCCGCCCGGGGGGAGGGUCGCGCUGCCUGGACAUGCCUCGGGGGGCGCCAUGGACCUGAGGCAGGGGUGUUCUCUCGGCAGAUACUACCCCGGUCCGUUUCAAGGCUAUGAGCACAGCAAGCGCAGACUCCAGCAGCCAGAGCCCGGAUCUUACCCUCCGAGUUUCCAGCUUCAGCAAAUAGCGUUUCUCAGGGGACAGCUCCCAGAAGUACCCCUCGUUGGAAAGCAGACACCACCGUCACCCUUCCUCCCUGAACCCUGGCCAAGGUUUCCAGGACCACCUGCCAGAGGCUGGCCGCAGGAGAUCUGGGGUGCCCCGAGGGGUGCGCCUCUCCGAAGCCAGGUACUCCCCCGAGGAUUCCGGCCUCCUUCCCCCCGUGGCGGGCUGCUGCCAUGGGGAGGUGUUGACGGGCUUUCCUCGCGUUUCCAGGCGCUGAGCAUCAGCCAGGAUCAGGAACAAAGGGUCUUGGAGCUCUUGCAGGAGCGUGGCGAGGGGAAGGCCGCCACAGCACAUGACCUGGCUCGGAAGCUCCAGGCCCCAAAGAAGGAAAUCAACCGCAUCUUAUACUGCCUGGCAAAGAGGGGUGCGCUGUGUAGGGAGGCGGGAACGCCCCCUUUGUGGAGAAUUGCAGCUUCCGUUCAGGCUCUGAACCGGCACAGCCAAGUAGCGACCACUGACUGUUGGAGCCAGGGAGCUCCAAGCUCGGGCCCCUGUUGGGAACCCGCCGGCAGGAACCUCACGUCCGACUUGGAAGAGGAAGAGUCCCCUGAGCCUUUAGACAUGGCCGAGAUCAAGGAAGACAUCUGCAACCACCUGUUUGACGUGUUCAAGUCCUCCGCCCUGAAUUUGGCUAAAAAUAUCGGCCUCUCGAAAGCCCGCGAUGUCAAUGCCGUGCUGAUUGACCUGGAAAGGCAGGGGGACGUGUACAGGGAAGGGACCACCCCUCCGAUCUGGUACCUGACGGACAAGAAGCGAGAGAGGAUACAAAUGAAGAGGAAUACGAACAGUGUUCCCGAAGCCACUCAAGCUGCUGUCCCGGAGACCAACACGGAGGAGGAGCUUCCCGCCUGCAACUCACCCGCCUGCAACUCCCCCGCCUGCAACUCCCCCGCGCCAGAUGCCUCAAACGAAGCCGCCACGGAAAACGUGGAGAAUGGGCAGGAGCCGGUCAUCAAGACAGAAAGUAGCCCACAGGUCCCACCAGAGCCAGUGAAACUGAAACCACCUGUCUGUGACAAUGGCCCCUCAAAGCCAGGGUAUGUUGACUUUGAGAAUGGCCAGUGGGCCACCGAUGACAUCCCAGACGACUUGAAUAGCAUCCACACGGCCCCCGGCGAGUUUCGCGCCAUCAUGGAGAUGCCCUCCUUCUACAGUCACGGCCUGCCACGGUGUUCACCCUACAAGAAACUGACCGAGUGCCAGCUGAAGAACCCCAUCAGCGGGCUGUUAGAAUACGCUCAGUUCGCUAGUCAGACCUGUGAGUUCAACCUCAUAGAGCAGAGCGGACCACCCCAUGAACCUCGAUUUAAAUUCCAAGUUGUCAUCAGCGGCCGAGAGUUUCCCCCGGCUGAAGCUGGCAGCAAGAAAGUGGCCAAGCAGGAUGCAGCCACGAAAGCCAUGACCAUUCUGCUGGAGGAGGCGAAAGCCAAGGACAGCGGGAGGCCGGAGGAAUCCUACUACUCUUCCCUCGAGAAAGAGUCAGAGAAGACGGCAGAGUCCCAGUCCACCCCCCCUUCAGCAGCUUCCUUCUUAUCUGGGAAGAACCCCGUCAGUACAUUGCUUGAGUGUGUGCACAAGUUGGGGAGCUCCUGCGAAUUCCGCCUCCUAUCCAGAGAAGGCCCUGCCCAUGACCCCAAGUUCCAGUACUGUGUUGCCAUGGGAAACCACACUUUCCCCACUGUGAGUGCCCCCAGCAAGAAAGCGGCAAAGCAGAUGGCUGCCGAGGAAGCCAUGAAGGCCCUGCACGAGGAGGCCACCAACUCGGCGUCUUCUGAUAACCAGUCCGGAGGGACCAGCACAGAAUCAUUUGAUAACUUGGAAUCUAUGAUGCCCAACAAGGUUCGGAAGAUCGGCGAGCUCGUCAGAUACCUGAACACCAACCCGGUGGGCGGCCUGUUGGAGUACGCCCGCUCCCACGGCUUUGCUGCCGAGUUCAAGCUGGUUGACCAGUCCGGACCUCCUCACGAGCCCAAGUUUGUUUACCAAGCAAAAGUUGGGGGUCGCUGGUUCCCAGCCGUCUGCGCGCACAGCAAGAAACAAGGCAAGCAGGAGGCCGCGGACGCCGCCCUCCGCGUCCUGAUUGGGGAGAACGAGAAGGCAGAGCGCAUGGGUUUCACAGAGGUAACCCCAGUGACAGGGGCCACUCUCAGAAGAACUAUGCUCCUCCUCUCCAGGGCCCCAGAUGCACAGCCAAAGACACUCCCUCUCACCGGCAGCACCUUCCACGACCAGAUAGCCAUGCUGAGCCACCGGUGCUUCAACGCGCUCACCAACAGUUUCCAGCCCUCCUUGCUUGGCCGCAAGAUCCUGGCUGCCAUCAUCAUGAAGAAAGACUCCAAAGACCUGGGAGUCGUGGUCAGCCUGGGCACAGGCAAUCGCUGUGUGAAAGGAGACUCCCUGAGCCUGAAGGGCGAGACCGUCAACGACUGCCACGCGGAGAUCAUCUCCCGCCGGGGCUUCAUCAGGUUUCUCUACAGCGAGCUGAUGAAGUACAACCCCCAGACGGCCAAGGACAGCAUAUUUGAGCUCGCGAAGGGAGGGAAAAGGCUGCAAAUCAAGAAGACCGUGUCGUUCCACCUCUACAUCAGCACGGCCCCGUGCGGGGACGGUGCGCUCUUUGACAAGUCCUGCAGCGACCGCGCGGUGGAGAGCACAGACCGCCACUACCCCGUCUUCGAGAACCCCAAGCAAGGCAAGCUCCGCACCAAGGUGGAGAACGGGGAAGGCACGAUCCCAGUGGAGUCCAGUGACAUUGUGCCCACGUGGGACGGCAUCCGGCUCGGGGAGAGACUCCGCACCAUGUCCUGUAGCGACAAAAUCCUCCGCUGGAACGUGCUGGGCCUGCAAGGGGCACUGCUGACCCACUUCCUGCAGCCGGUGUACCUCAAGUCCGUCACCCUGGGUUACCUUUUCAGCCAAGGGCAUCUGACUCGUGCCAUUUGCUGUCGUGUGACGAGAGAUGGGAGUGCGUUUGAGAAUGGACUGCGCUAUCCCUUUGUUGUCAACCACCCCAAGGUUGGCCGGGUCAGCGUCUAUGAUUCCAAAAGGCAGUCCGGGAAGACCAAGGAGACGAGCGUCAACUGGUGUUUGGCUGACGGCUACGACCUGGAGAUCCUGGACGGCACCCGGGGCACCGUGGACGGGCCACGGAAUGAAUUGUCCCGGGUCUCCAAAAAGAACAUUUUCCUCCUAUUUAAGAAGCUCUGCUCCUUCCGGGGCCGCAGGGAUCUACUUAAACUCUCCUAUGGUGAGGCCAAGAGAGCUGCCCGGGAAUACGAGAUAGCCAAGAACCACUUCAAAAAAGGCCUGAAGGACAUGGGCUAUGGGAACUGGAUAAGCAAACCUCAGGAGGAAAAGAAUUUCCACCUCUGCCCAGUAUAGUGGGACGGGACUGACGGGUGGCGGGCGUUUCCCACUGGGGCGAGAGAGGCAGGUCGUAGCAUUCCUCCUCACACUAGUCAAGGGGUCUUUUUUAAUUUUUUCUUUUUUUUUCCUUCUCUCUUCCUCCCCCCCCCCCCUUUUUUUUUUUAAUAACGGAACCACAAUUGGUGAUCCUGAGACCUCGGGGUUCCUAUUGAUCCUGCUUUCUUGGGGAACACCAGGCCCCUUCUCGUUUCCCAGGCAAAGAGGUAGAGACAUGGGAGAGAGAAGGGGUCUCUCCUUCCCACCAGCGCGGAAGCACCCGCAGCCCAUGUCCUCAUCAGUUCUGUUUGGGGUUUCCGUUUCCCGCCCCUCAGUGUGCGGCCCUGGCCUCUUGAGGUCUUGAUCAGGUUCCAGUCAACUCCGUGAGUCACGUCAGGGACUGAUGAUUUCACUUGCGGAUUCUGCAAGCCCCUCCGCCCCUUCGAGGUCCUUCCUGGGUCCGGUUUCUCCUUUUCCUCCACGAGGGUCAGAGCAGGAGAGCCCUGCGGCCCCGGAGGGAGCAGAGCUUCUUAGAGAGCUGAGGGGGUGAGCGGGCCCCGCGGGGUGGCAGGCCCUUCCGGGGGCUCAGGCAGGCUCCCGGCUGCCCUCCUCCUAAUGAACGUGCCUGCAGUGGGGGCGAGGGCCUCUGCUGGGACUCGGCGGGAAUAAGGCAGAAGGUGACUGGUCACAGCACUCUUCCACCUGGCAGGUCUCCCUUAACAGCGACACCCGGGGGAGCUCGUGGAGAGCAGGUGAACUAGGAGUAUUAAAGGAAUGCCGUAAGCGCUGAGUCUUACUGGUCAUUGCUACAGGUAACCUGUAAUUGCACAGAGUUAGAUUCAGAGGUAAUUUUUCAAGUGCUUUUGUCUUGCCGGAGAGCUUCCGAAGGUCGUGGGAGGCAGGUCACAGAGCCGAGCGAGGACUCUCCCUGCCUGUCGGGGGUCAGGGGCUGACCUAGGCCUGCAUUUGUAGCUGGAAGGGCAGGUUGUCCUCAGGUUCUGUGAGGUGGAGCCCCAGGCCCACACCCCAGCUAAUAGCCUGUGGUCAGGCCGUCGGCCUCCGGAGCCUGGCUCUGGGCCCAUGGCGGGCGGGCGGUGUACAUGCCCCCGAGAAGCACAGAGGCCCUGCCACUCAGCCCGGAGCCGCCCCUUCCCUCUAGAGCAAGUGUGUCAAACGCGUGUUUACGAGGCAUGCGGCCCAUUGGCCACGGGUUUGACAUGCUUGCUCUAGAGGCUCCCUCUAUCUUACCUGUGAACAUGCUGAGCCAGCAGCCUCACACGACCUUUCACCCUCCCUCGCCCCGCACACUACUGACUAGUGAACUCCCAUCGGUCCCACCUCUUCAGCAUUGGAUACAUCCACGUUCACACUUUGCUUGUGGCUACUGUCCCCAAAAUCGACCAAAUGCGAAAACCCACGUUUUACGGGUGCACUAAGGACGUCUCCACAGGACACCCAGGUGUCUCGGGAGGGAGGCGCCUGCCCACCCCGGCCCCUGACUCUGCUGAAGGCACAUGGGUCGGUCCUGCCUCCGAGGCAGCCGACCUGGUUCUUGAGGCUGGAGCCCGGCGCCCACUGUGCCUCUGACCAUGGGCCCUCUGGGCACUGGGACCUCCUGCAGAGCUCCGACUCAGCUCUUCAACCAGGAGCACGGGGCUCUCCGAAGACCAGAGCCCCGCUCACCCCAGGCUCCUGUCCAGCAACCUUGCAGUGUUUGGGUUCUGCUGUAGGAAGAGAGCAAGGCAGCCUGCCCCGUGUCUGCUGGAAACAACCCUGUGUCCGGCCCUGCACGGCCGAACCCCGUGCCCCGCGGGGUCACACACACAGGAGGCAGAGCCCUCCUAGAGUGUUCUCACCCUCCUGUCCAGUCUUUGUUUUUAACAAGCAGGACCCCCUUCUCCCCGCCCCUUCUUUUUUUAAAUGAUCUUUGUAGUUGA